AUGUCUUCUUCAAGCCAGACUAAGAAUUCCCAGCGAGUCCCGGUUCCUAGCCAAGCAUCCGUGGCUCUACUUUAUAAGUUAUGCCAACGUCUUAAGCCUAUGAUGACUUCCACCACCUAUCUCAGCCAACAGCAACUGCAUGAUCUCGGGGUAAAGUGUACGGAGCUAGACUUCGACACCGGGAUACCAGCGGAUGGAGGCCCAAGGUUCCUCCAAUUGGCAUCACUAGAGCACAUUGAAACCCUCGCUAAAGAGAAUAAUCUAAUUGAGCAUUGUUCCGUCAACACCUCGUUCGAUACCUAUGACAGCUGGCAUACCAUGCGGGCUAUUUCAUACUUCUACGACUACAACCUCUUCGCGUUGGUCCCUAAAACGGAUAAAUACACAGCCAGCGACCAGGAUAUGCCGCAUGAAACUGUACUCGACCACAGCCCUUGGAAAUAUUCUGACCAUGUUACGAUAAAUGGACUCCGCUGGGGCACCUACUUUGCCUUAAAGCUUAAAGACAACUCUGAGCCGGAUAUGAUAUGCUUCCUUGGAAACAUCAACCCACUCGAUGACGAGAAGAUCUAUAUCAGUGAACUGUGGUGCAUUGCUCGGUUUAGCUGCAACCAAUUGAGCAAGAAGGAACACCGCCAUAAUCAGACAGCCUCUGUUACCCUCGUGUCGGGUUCGGGCAGAAGCCUCCGCGUGGUGCAAGGUUAUGUUGAUACCAAUGAUCAGUCCGUCGUGCUGCGGAAGUCAGCCGUUAUCGAGCUCAGGGGUGAUGAUGAGAAUAACUUUCAGAAACUUCUGCAGGUCUGUCGUUGGUUCUUAGCCCAGCCAUGCAAGAAACAACUGUCGCACCUGGAGGAACCUGAAAUUCAAGACAAUGCGAGCUGAUCCUACCUUGCUUGCAUCAUAUUCUCUCCUUCUGUGUAGGCGCGCAGGUAGUAUCAUAUUUUGCGAAGAUGCCUCUACUAGCUGUAGUAGUGGAAGCCUGCAUAUCCUCGCCGACCUUCGGGGUUCGGUGCUCAAAGGAAUUGGCGCUAUCAGUUGCUGACAGGUUGUUGGAUGCAUCGAAUGACACGGACAAUAACGAGCACAGAAUUUUACGUGCUAGGGUUUCUUUGAACAGAGCUGGCGGUCUUCGAGGCCGAAGAACAUAUCGCUCUGAGUCGUUUUGAUGAAGCCCUCCAAAAAUUAGCCAUCCCUAACGCU